GAUAAUUUUAGGGUGUGUACUGUUUGUACAGGAUUCGGUUGAUUAGAACGAAGAACUUAGAAAAUGGGGUGACUAAAGACGUUUUUAUUAGAAUCAAAACAAUGAGUUACAAGACUGAUCAAAGGUAAGGAGACAAGAUCAGAGGUUUAAACGACAAGAUCAAAGAGAUGAUUAGGAAACCCUAAAUCUAGCCGCUUAGUGUGUGAUUUGUCCAAAAGUCCUUCCUCUCGUUGCCUCCUCCUCCUCUCUUAUAGUACCCUCGCGCGUGAUGCCCUAAUCGCGCCUAUCCUUUGGGCCUUGUCGCCCAAAGGCCGAGUAUGUGGGCCUCGAUACUAUUUCGUCCGAGCCGAGUAUAGCUGAUCGGCUCAGCUGACCGGCUUAAAAUACUCUAGGGUCGAGCUGACGUUUCUAGCCGCUAAGCCGACUAAGCUCGAUCGACCUUGUCGGGCUAGGGCCUGUUAUAUGAUGGGCCUUGUGGAGGGAUGUAAUCCAUCUCCUACAAUAAGUCCCCCCCCAGUUCACUUGUGAGCGGCUUGUCGGUCUCAGUGAAUUUGUGGGUCGGGUUCGUUCAUAUAAUAGGACCUAAUGUUGACGAUGGCUCGUUUUAUCGGUGUGUGGUUUUAGUCGCGUACCGCAUCUGGUCGCUCCGUGUUGUGUCUUCUCACGAUGCGUUAUGCUUUACUCGGGAGGUAAACUCCUCGAAUGAAGAGCCCAAGCGGUCUUUGGAUGGUUAACUCUGUUGAGUUGGUUCGGGCCAGAACCGGAGAUUAAUUUUGGUCCGGUUUCUUGAUUGAAAGCCGGUUUGGGCGAGAAACCGAACCGUCGCGAGUAGGUUUUUGGGCAUUUAGGCGGCCUUUGAAGCCCAUUUAGGCCUUUGUAGACCUAAUGAUGACGCUUCGAAGGGUGCGCCUCGUUUUUGCUAUAAAUAGGCGUCUCUCCUUCGCUUUCGUCAUUCUUCUCUGCAAGCUCAGGUACUCCACUUUCUCUCCCUUCUCUCUACUUUUAUUUUCUCUCUCUAGAUAAGCCUUCCGUAGCGUAGGUUUUUUUUGCUAGUGGUCUAGCUAGUUUAGUCGUUCCCCCGAGUAGAAAGGAUAUGGCUCCAGGGAAUCGGCUAUCGCGCGAAGAAAAAGGGAAAGACAUAGCUACCUCGCCAAGCCCGGCUAGGGAUGCAGACGGGAGUCCGUUGGAGGAUUUCGACAUAAUCCAUCGUGAUGCUCUGCGGGAUACGGAGAAUAUGAGCCUUUCCCAGCGUCUUCUGGUCGCUGACGCCCACAGACAAUUUCGCGAAGAAGCCGAAGAAAACGUUGUGAACGAGGAUAGGGAGGCGAGUGGUUCUGAAGCGCCUAGCCUUGUCGUAAGGCCUAGGAGACGGGCUCAUCGAAGGGGUCGCAUCGACCAGUCAGACCGUCUUCCCGCCCCGAGAAGUGUUCCGUUCGACGAAGUAGACUGCCGUCCUGUGAUUUAUCACCCUGGCGGGAUUUUCGAAGAACUACCUUCGCUGCCUCCCGAAGCGUUACGCGACCCGCGAGUUCAAUCAUGGGGAAACGUUUUCGGUUCCUGCUCUUCCCACGAGACCGUGAAGAGAUUGCUGAGAGAGUGUGGUGGCGCCGGAGUCACCUUCAUUAUUCCUUCGGCUGAACAGCGGCCGUGGUCGCCACCGGUUGGUUACCAAUGCGUGUAUGAAUCCUACUUCAAGGAUCAGACGAAGCUCUGGUUCCCAAUCCCCAGACUAAUCACGUCUUACGCGUUUCGUCGGGAUAUCGCCAUUUCCCAGCUGCUGAACGGGUCGCUGCGCAUAGCCGUCAUGUUGAUGGUUAUGGCCGCGGAGAUGGAUGUUUCGAUGAGCGUGAGAGUAUUUGAGGAGCUAACUUUUACGAAGGCGGAGCCUAACGGGAUCUUCUCGGUAAAGAUGAGAGCGAGUUACAACGUUUUGACCGGUCAUCCCAACAAGACGCAGGAUUGGCAACGCGCAUAUUUCUUCGUUAAGUCCGACGAGCAUGCCUUCGAGGAGCCGCCGGGGGACGAUUAUCGCGUUUUAUGGAAUCAGCAACUUGUUCGUCAUCCCAAUACGAUCGCCUAUCCCGAGAAGUUCUUUGAAACCGCUCAACUGAUCGCGACGCACAGUCAUCUCAGGUGGCCGGAUCUUAGUCGGGAGUGGAUACGUCGACAACAAGCUAGGAUCGCCAGAGUUGAUUGGGAAUCGAGACUUCCUUGUGUACUCGGUCCCCGCCGAUCACGUCUUUCCCUAUUUACUCGGAAGCAGCAGAAACUUCUUAACCAAGCUAGAAAAAUGGAGGGAGUUCCCGACUUGAGUGCUUUGUUAAAAGGGAAACUUCAAAUGCUCUCGACGACACCGUCUUCUGCCGGCGCCUCGGAGGCCAGGCCUGUUCCCGUAGACGGAGAUGCGAACUCCGAGCCGCCAGCUCAGAGUUCCCCAAAGAAGAAAACCAACAAGGUCAACAAGGCCAAAGCCAAGGACGGGAGUGUCCCUUUGGAAGUGGCGCCAUCUUCUGCCAAUGUCACUGAAGCCGCGGCUAAGAAGAAGAAGAAAAAAGGGAGCAAGAAAAGGUCUCGCGAGGAGGCUUCUGUUGAGGCUAGGGAAACCUCAGCUGCCGCAAGGGAUGAUGAUGCGGAAAAAGACGAUCCAGCCGGUUCUACUCGGGGAUCGCCUGAGGAGCGUCCCAAGAAGAAAUCGAAGAAGAAAGCCGCGGAAGACGAUGGGACUUCAGCUCCCGAGAUUCCUUCCAGAAGUGGAGAAACGGCUACCGAAGUCGGAGAUGGAUCUCGGGGUGAAUCUCCGUCGAGUAAGGGAGCCCCUUCGUCUUCUGCGAGGGAGACCGGUGCGGGAAGCGGAGGUUCGCUUCCGCGGAAGACGGGAGGAGGAGUUCGCUUUCCGGACCGCGUAGAGUUCCUUUACGAUGAGGCGACUCCGUUGGUCCUGAAUCCACUUCGGUGUGCUGAACUGACUCGCCAGAUCCGUGGUGGGACCAAGGAGUUGCCGCCGGUCGAGGACUUAUACUUCAAAAAGGAGUAUAUUGACGCGGCUAUGGCGGGCAGACGGGUAAACUCGCUUUUCUCCUAUUUCCCUUUUUCUUCCUUAAAAUUUUUCUAAGUUUUUAAUGCUUCACGCAGAGCGACGGGAGCGUGAAUUACCUCGUGGAGAAGUACGAUAGCACCCUGAAGCAGACGAUGGUCCAGCUGGGCGCCUCGGAUAAACUCGCACGGACAAGAUUGAGCGUAAUCGAGAGGUUACGCGCUGAGAACAAAAAGGCCGGCGACAAAGCGGCCAAAGAGAAAGAGGUCCUCCGAGUUAAAUUUGAGGAGUUGGAGGACAAGCUGAAGUCUGACCGUCUUGCGAAGAAGGACGCUCUCCGCGAGAAAACCCGCUUAGAGCGAUUGGUCGCUUCCCUCGAGAAGGAGAAGGCUGAACUCGAGGAAGAGAGGGACGCUGUCGUCGGGACGCUGGUCAAAGAGAGGCAACGUCUGAGGGAUUCUAGGGUUCAGGAGGUCACCCGUGAGAGGAUCAAGGUCCAGACGGCUAUGGCGGACAAGUCUACUCGCUGUAUAGGUAAAGUGAAGGGCUAUCUGGAUCGCGUCAUGGCGCGAGAGAAGGCCAAGAACCUGUACGGGCAGGCUUCAGGAACCAAAAAGUGCCUCGAGAUGAUUAGAGAUAGCGGG